ACAGCCGCCUCACCGGGACUCCCUCGGUGUUGGUGAAGCAGUGCGCCGAACGCGCGUUAUGGAUCACCGAUAAUCGACAGUGAUGCGCGCCGGAGCCGCUGCGCUGCGCACGCCGGGCUGAGCCGCUGCAGAGGGGCGCAGCUUCAUCCCCGGAUCCCGUCAUACAUGUUUAAUGUGCCGCUCCGAUCAUGACACGUCCCGACGCUGUGAGACGGGCUGUCCGUGGCCUUUAUUUGCAGUGUUUGCUGGUGUGACCAGUCCAGCCGGUUCUGCGUUCAGAGGCGGCAGCGUCAGCAGUGCGAUCAGGCAGCGGAAGUCAGCGUGGUGAUGUCCGGACUGAGUGAGCCAAGGCUGGCAAAGCUACCCAUGGACAGCUGGAUGUCUCACCUGCCAUGCGCGCUAUGGGACACCCCGCUGUACCACCUGGCCAUCCCAGGCAGCCACAAUGCAAUAACCUACUGCCUGGAUAUGGACGACAGAUCUCCCAUUGACCUCAUGCAGCCUGACAUGCUGCAGAAACUCGACAAAUACAUGAAGCCCCUCAUUCGCCCCUUUGUGUAUAAGUGGGCAAAAACCCAGGAGCAUCCUAUAAAGCAUCAGCUGGACUGUGGGGUCAGGUACUGUGACCUGAGGAUCGCACACAGGCCCAACGACAGCUCCACGGAUCUGUACUUCUACCACGGCGUUUACACCACUCUCACUGUGGAGAUGGUUCUGAAGGAGAUCAGAGAUUGGCUGGACGUUCAUCCCAAAGAGGUGCUCAUCCUGUCCUUCAGCCACUUCCUCGGCCUGAGCCAGGAGCUCCACGCGGUGCUGCUCGCGACCAUACGCAGCUCGUUCACCUCCAAACUCUGUCCCAAAACGGAGGCGUUAACUCUUCGUAACCUGUGGGCUUUGGGCUACCAGGUGAUCGUGUCCUAUGAGCAGCACAGCAUGGAGCGCUGUCACACUGAGCUGUGGUCCCACAUUCCUUACUGGUGGGCCAACAAAUGCAAAGCUGAGGCUCUGAUUGAGGAGUUUGAACGCAUGAAACAAGGCAGAAGACCAGGGGGUUUCUUUGUGGCAGGAAUUAAUCUGACAGAGGACUUGAAAUACAUCUGCACCCACCCAACAGAGUCCCUGAAGGACCUGGUGAUGUCCACGUACCCGACGCUGCUCAGCUGGGUCACAGAGCAGAUUCCCGGCUCCCGCGACGGCUCCCUCAACAUCAUCGCCGGGGACUUUGUCACAGAGAGCCACUUUGUGCCCAUCGUCGUCGCACUCAACGAGAAACUCCUGAAGUAGUCCUCGCGACUGUAACGAGCAUGACUCUGCGAGAAAACGAACCACAGCAUGAAACGCACACAGGCUUGUUUUGUUAAGAGUGACAGAAAGUACUUGAAUAUUUAUUUAGAUGUAAACGGCGCUGCUGGAAGCGGCAGCGUUUCAGCCUGAAAGCUGCUUCAAAACAGACUUUUUGGUAUUUGGACCUGCACUUGUUUGUUUACACUCAGUUCAUUAUUUAUGCAAUGUUCAGUAUGGAGGCAGCACCAAGGCCAGAUUCACGUUACGCUGACCGAAGCAAUAAUUAUACAACUGAUCUAACGUGUAGGUAUUUUACACCAGGGUCAAUCAGCUGCUUUAUCUCUACAAUAACUUUAUGAAACCAUGCAAAUGUAGCCUGUGUGUAGCCUUUAUACAGUGUCAAACGGAUCAGUCAUGCUUAGAUGUGUCGUCGCCCCAUAAAGAGUCAGGAAAAAAAAACUUAUAUUAGAAAUUCAUUUCACUCUGAAGGAAUCACAGCAAGAAGAUCUGAGCAGCCACGUAUCCCACAAGAUUUACCCAGAAUGCUCUUUGACCUUUCCUCCAGCGAAUGACCGGGAACAGAUCAAACAUCCAGACACCAGCGCUGGUUUCUGCUGCUCUACGUCACAGAUGUCAAACUGCUGCAGGUCAUUCAGACUAUCAUAGAUCCCAUCAGACUGAUGCUCACAGCUGGUUUUGGGUUUAGAUUGCUACUCUUGCAGUGGGUGUAAAACUGAUUUGGUUGCAUGUGUGUGUAGGUUCCCAGUCAUAACGGUCAUGGUAGUCUCAGGAGCUUGAAAUAAGCAGGCAAAUGUUGAUUCACACGAUCAACAGUGGGUCAGUGACCCUCAGGGCCACUUCCAAAAGGUAUGGUCUCCACUACCUGGGACUCUCCACCAUUUGUUUUUAGAACUGAAAGAAGCCUAUUGGAUGAGAAGUGAAACAUCUUUACAAGUCCGGUUGCCUUCUUUUUUCAAGCUCCUAUGAUUUGGCUGCAGUUUUUAACAGAGUUUAAAUGUGUUUUUCAGCCCUGAGAGGUUCACAUGGAUAUCUGCUGCACUUAGGAAACUACGAGGGUUCAAAAAUGCUGGAAAAUAUAAUCAGAAAGCACCAAAUUUGGACCCCCUCUGUUCUUGGAGGGCCUGUAACCCUGAAAACAUUCACAGUAAAAGUAAAAAUGUCCGUCAGUAAAUCAACUAAAGUUAUUGUACAAAAUAAACAGCUGAUUGCGAGGGGGUCGGGUGGGAGCCAUUGAUUGAUUUUAUUAUGAAAUGACACAUGAUUAAGCACAAUGUAUUCAAUGAGCACAUGUGACUGUAACAUAGGGCACUUUUAUACAUGUAGUGUGUGCAGUAAGUGAAAGAAAAUACUGGUAUUUAACCACUGAGAUUGUAGAGGAGAUGUGAAACUUAUGCAAACUGCAUGGAAAACCUAUUUGCAUGAACCCAACCUCGACUGUUCUGCUAAAAAUGGACUUUAGCCAGUAGAUUGAGCCUUUACUUCCAAUAAUGCUGCACCGCUGUGCCUGUGGAGAUGAGCUUUUCCA